AUGGCAUCGGCUGCUGUGCGAGCUCAAGUUGCAGCAAAAUGGCAAGAGUCAUUCAACCGCCUCAAUCGCAAUGAGCCAGGAAUAUCUGGUUUACUGGCUUUCAGCGAGGCAUGGACUCUGGCCAUAGAGUUUCUUAAACCACGAGAUUUGAGCGACCCUGCGCCCCAAAAGCAAUAUGACUUGAAUCAAGUGAGGGCAGCAUUUGGCGUUGUCAGCGAGUGCAGGAGGUUACCUGUCAUGAUGGAGGUUUUCCUUGAGGACAUCCGAAAGAGUCAACACUUGAUCACCCGAGAAGUUGAGGCAUAUAUGACGCUUUACGAGGUUAAAGUUUCUGCACCCCUGCAAUUUGUGGUGUCGCUCAAUGCUUCAUCACAGAGUAAUUCUGACCCAGAAGCAAUACGAUCACUUGUGUAUCGUUUGGUCGAGUGGUACAACGCAUGGAAACCAACUGCAGAUCUGGGACCAACGAUGAUAUCCGCCUACACUCUUGCGUUCCAAACUCAUAUUUUUUCUGUUCUUCCUCCAUCUUUCGCUCGGGGAAUCAAAGCUCUUGUUUCAGCCACACUGCAGCAUACUGUAUCCCAGUCCCAGGACCCUCAAGACCGCAUCCUGUGGCAAGCCUUUGAUACUCUUAGCCUCAUCGACCGCUAUGAAACCCUUAUCGCAAGUAUAGGAUACGAGUUCAUUGAAUCAUAUAUAGAAGAAACAUGUGCUAGAAAGUGGUCAGAACCCAUGCUUGCGACCCUUCGGGCCUGGAUGAUCGAUAAAAUUGUGCCAUGGAUGCUGUAUCCAUUUGCAAGGGGAGCAACCAAUGCGGAUGAGGCCAAGACGAUGAUGCAAGGCGUAGGGUCAAGGUUUGACUUCCAUAUGCAUAAGACGCUUUGCAACCUAAGGACGAAGGAAAUUUUUGACAUCAUCAUCGAUUUCCCGGAAUCUGCAGGCGCCCUCCAGGACCUAAAGGAGUGCUUGGCACGUGUCGAUCAACGUGCGGACCUCGUACAAGCACUACGGCAAGCUAACAAUAAGCGGCUCCUUCACCCGGGCGCAGAUACAAAAGAUAUUCUGACGCAUUAUGUCUCGACGAUCAAGUGUCUCAGAAUCGUCGAUCCUCCUGGAGUACUCCUAUUUAAAGUGGCUGAUCCCACGAGAAGGUAUCUCCGAGAUCGACCUGAUACUAUACGGUGCAUAGUAGCAAGCUUGGUUGGAGAUGGCGAGAGUGGGGACUCGCUUGUCGACGACAACGAUCCCAUUCAGCCCCUUCAACAACCCGAGAUGGAGAAUUACUCUGAUCCUGAGUGGAAUCCCGAACCCAUUGAUGCUGGGCCAGAUUUUCGCGCGAGCAAGUCUAGCGACGUUAUCAGCACCAUAGUCAGCAUAUAUGAUACGAAGGACCUGUUCAUUAAAGAACUGCAAGUACUGUUAGCACAACGCCUGCUGGCGGUGAAAGAUGGAAAUUUUGACCGCGAGCGUCGCAAUGUCGAGAUUUUGAAGAUUCGAUUUGGCGAAGCUGCGUUGCAGGUCUGCGAAGUCAUGCUGCGAGAUAUGACAGAUUCGCGCCGCAUAGACCAGCAUGUGCAAUCGCAGACAGCGAGUUCCAUGCAUCCCACGAUUAUAUCUCGACACUUCUGGCCCGCACUUGAGUCCAGUGACAUGGUCAUGCCUGGGCAAUUUCAAAUCUUGCAAGAGCAAUAUGCCAAAGAGUUCUCUGUAUUCAAACCUGAUAAGGUCCUCCGUUGGUUACUACAUCUUGGCCGGGUUCAUCUUCAACUCGAACUCGAAGACAGGACAUUGGAAGCUGACGUGCCUCCUCUGGAGGCGGCAUUCAUUGAACUCUUUUCUGAGAAGGACGUAUGGACAGUAGAUGAAUUAGUCCUCCGAUCCGGCUCCAUCAACCGAAAUGCAGCUGUUAAAGCCCUUGGUACUUGGGUAGACAUGCAUAUUCUAAAAGAAGACUCGGAGGGUGUUUUCCGGCUGCUUAGUGUUGCCGAGAGUCCUACACCAGGAAGUAGACCACAAGCACCUAAGCCUGCGGAAGCGGGGGAGUUACCGCCUGUAAUGAGCAUGCAGCAACAACAGGCCGAACAAAUGAAAAUGUACUGGAAGCAAAAUGGCGCGAAGUUCAUCGAGGGAAUGCUUACAAAUCUCGGUUCGCUGCCGCUGGAUCGAAUACAAUCAAUGCUCAAGUUUGCACCCGGCUAUGAUCGCACUGUGGAACAACUUGGGAGCUUCAUGGAAGCUGCUCGAAGAGAAGGCUUGGUCAAUGUCAAGGACGGUAUGUGGAGACUUGGGAAGUAA